AUGAUAGCUGUAAUGCCCCGAAUUGGGGCAUCACAAGACCCGGUUGUGUCUGUCGUGCCCCCGGGGCCCAAGGCCGUGUCGUGGUGUCGUGCCCCCAGGGCCGUGUCGUGCCCCCGGGGCCGUGUCGUGCCCCCAGGGCCGUGUCGUGCCCCCGGGACCGUGUCGUGCCCCCGGGACCGUGUCGUGCCCCCGGGGCCGUGUCGUGCCCCCAGGGCCGUGUCGUGCCCCCGGGGCCGUGUCGUGCCCCCAGGGCCGUGUCGUGCCCCCGGGGCCGUGUCGUGCCCCCAGGGCCGUGUCGUGCCCCCGGGGCCGUGUCGUGCCCCCGGGACCAUCUUAUAA